AUGACCAUCAGCGCGCUCCGCCCGGGGGGCAGCCCCCGCCUGCAGCUGCCGUGCCUGGCCAAGAUGGAGCGCGUGGUGCUGGGCAUGCAGGACCCCGACAUGGGCCUCAAGAUGCGCAACCAGCGGCUGCUCAUCACCGUCAUCCCGCACGCCGUGACCGGAAGCGACAUUGUGGAGUGGUUGAUCCAGAAGUAUGCCAUCUCGGAGGAAGAGUCCUUGCACCUGGGCGGCCUGAUUGUGAAGCACGGCUACAUCUACCCCCUGAGGGAUCCUCGCAGCCUGGCUCUGCGGGCAGACGAGACGCCCUACAGGUUCCAGACUCCCUACUUCUGGAUGAGCACCAAGUGGCCGGCUGCGGAGCUGGAUUAUGCCAUCUACCUGGCAAAGAAGAAUAUCCGGAAGCAAGGAGAGCUCACUGAACACGAGAAGGAAGACUACUGCCAGCUGCACAAGCGGAUCAACCACGCCUGGGACUUCGUGGUGAUGCAGGCGCGGGAGCAGCUCCGAGCAGCCAAGCAGCGCAGGAAGGGGGACCGCAUUGUCACCGAGUGUCAGGAGCAGGCCUACUGGCUUGUCAACAGGCCUCCGCCCGGAGCGCUACGCAUGAUAGAUCAGGGCCCUGAGCGGAGGAACUGCCAGAGCACCCGAGUGCAGCUGGAGAAGAACAGCGACUACUACAAGCGGGAGAUCUGCUACUGCCGUGCCGCCAUGGGCAGGACGCGCAUCAAAUCUUCUGUGUGCCUGGAGGGAUACAUCAAGUUCAAUGAGCAGUACGUGCCCCAUGACCCCAUCAUGUCGGGCUGCCUUCCCAGCAAUCCCUGGAUCACGGAUGACACCAUGUACUGGGCCAUGAACGCCCCCACGGUGGCUGUGCCAACCAAGCUGCGUGUGGAGCGCUGGAGCUUCGGCUUCAGCGAGCUGAUCAGCGACCCCCUGGGCCGGGUGCAGCUGCUGGAGUUCCUCAAGAAAGAGUUCAGUGCGGAGAACUUGAGCUUCUGGGAGGCGUGUGAAGAGCUGCGCUAUGGAGAGCAGGGCCGCAUCUCUGAGAUUGUGGAGUCCAUCUAUCAGCAGUUCCUGGCCCCCGGGGCCACCCGCUGGGUGAACAUUGACAGCAAAACCAUGGAGCGCACCCUGGAAGGCAUCAAGACCCCGCACCGCUACGUCAUGGACGACGCCCAGAUGCACAUCUACAUGCUGAUGAAGAAGGACUCCUAUCCGCGCUUCUUGAAGUCCGACCUUUACAAGAAUCUGCUCGCGGAGGCCCUCAUCCCGCCGGAGAGCAAGAAGCGGAUCUUUCCCUUCAUGAGGAAGCAGCGCCACUCCAGCCCCAGCCCGGCUGUGCUGCCCCAGCCCGGGGAGCCCGAGGCCCGGCCUGAGGGGAAGAGCCAGGCAGCUCCAGCCGCGGCAGGGGAACCUCCGCCCGAGGACGACAACUAAGCCCCCCGGCUGCCCCCACACCCACACGGGCAGCUGAGGCCCGGUCUUGGCCCAGGCCUCUCUUCACUCGGGCCCCGAGUCUGGACAAGCGCUUCGACUCCUCCGUUGUCGUGGGACUCCCGUGCUGCCCCCGCCCCCGCUGACACAUAUGGAAACAAGCCAUAUGGUGGUGAAGGCCUGGCCCCCACCUGCACACAGCCUCUGCCUGAGCCGGAGCCCCUCGUGGACCAGCCCUGCCCUUCCGCCACACCUCUCACCUCAGGAACCGCCACGCCGCCGAGCAGCGGCCUCUGGCUGGCCAUUGCGUGGCACUCCUUGCCGGCCUGGCCCGGAUCCAGGGCCUGACACUCCCGCCGACACUCCUCCCUCCUCACGUGGAUGCGCAAUAA